AGGUGUGAUGCAUAGCGUUUGGAUGUGUUCGGCUCGACUCGCACCUUUGCUCUCUCCCACCUUGUCACAUCCUCGCCUUCUCUUUCUUCACCCGCACAAAGAUCAAGACACAGAUCAUAAGCCGCGACAUCCACUGCACGGGUCGCUUGCGCUGAACUCUCGGCUGUCAAAGCCGCAUAGGCAUCCCGCAGCAAUCGAGGCUCGCAACGCCGUUCGCCAAAGUGACCUGAUUCUAGCGUGAAGAAAUCUCCAUCAGCACAGCAAAGCCUGCUCUUCUUGUCCACUGUGAUCGACAUCACAGAUCACAAUGUCUAACCUAACGCUAUACUCGACCACCGCCAUCCUGCUUUUGGACGCCUCGGAUGGAUCGCGCAUCGUAGCAAAGUACUACGAACCUCCUCAUGCACAGCCUCAAUCUCAAUCCGGCGCUCCAGCACAUGCGACAGCGAGCGGCUUACCUCCUCAAUUGAACGCCAAGAACAAUUUUGCAACGCUGAGGGAACAAAAGGCUUUUGAAAAGGCUGUAUGGGAAAAGACUAGACGGGCUGCUGGCGAUGUGAUCCUCUACGAUUCGCAUCUCGUCCUCUUCCGAGCUUCUUUGGACGUCAUACUCUACGUCGUGGGUCCUCAGGGGGAGAAUGAGCUGAUGCUCUCAUCUCUGCUCUCGAGUCUGUACGACUCCAUCGCUGCGCUCUUGCAACACGGCCAGAUCGAUCGACGUGCGGUUCUAGAGAAUUUGGAUUUGGUAACGUUGGCCAUCGACGAGAGCGUGGAUGAUGGAAUUAUAUUGGAGAUGGACAGCAUGACGAUCGCUUCUAGAGUCUCUAGACCUCGUCCAGACGUGACAGAGAUGCCGCAAAUCAACGAGCAAACCUUGUCCAACUUUUACUCUUCCGUCAAAGAAAGAGUGGCACAGCGUAUCUUGCAGGGUGGGAUUUAGGCGUCGCAAAACAGAGGCAAAUGAGGCAAAACAGAAUGCAGUCUUGCGUCAUGCUCGUCGCACGUGGGGCACAGGUACCAUGAUGUAUACAAUACGCCGAUCAAGAGUGUCUCGAUUCUGCAUAUCGGUCUGAACUGGACUGAAACGCCUUUUCCAACGCUCUUGCAAAUCCAUCCACUGCGCAGUGGUGGUGAGGUGAG